GGGGGCGGUUCCCCAUCCCACGAUUCAGUGUAUAGAUCUUUCAAGAUGGUGGUGACGAAGUCCGAGGCCGGCAGGGCUGCUUCUGCCUACUUCCGUCGAGCCAGACGUUUGCCCUCGCUGGUCACCCUCCUGGGACUGGGCUAUUUUGCGUGGGUUGUCUUCUGGCCUCAGAGUAUCCCUUACCAGAGCCUAGGGCCCCUGGGCCUCUUCACACAGUACUUGGUGACCCAUCAUCACACGCUCCUGCACAAUGGGUAUUGGUUUGCCUGGCUGAUACAUGUGGGAGAGGCCUUGUAUGCCAUGGUCUUGUGCAAGUCUAAAGGCAUCACGGACGGCCGGGCUCAAGUCCUCUGGUUCCUACAGACUUUCCUCUUUGGGGUGGCGUCUCUCUCCAUCUUAAUUGCUUACAGACCAAAACGCCAAAAACAAACUUAAGGAAGAUUUUCAAAUGCUUUCCCUACACUUUUGACCUUCAACGUUCCUAUUUUGGGGGCAAGGUAGAUACUGACUUGACUUGAUGUUUCUACUUUCUGGAAGUUUAAGACCCUCUAGUUAGUCAUUAUUUCAUAUGCUCUGGUUGAGCUGACUCAGGACAAGAAAGGAUUUAAGCUUCCCAGUUCUGCAGUCUGACCUCUCAGACAGGGCUUCUGUCUACUUCUUGAGGUCCUUGGCAGGGCUGGUGCUCAUUCUGUCUGGUUGAAGCUGUACCCUAAAAUUGCUUGUUGGUAUAAUUUUGCUCCCAUCUUCUGACUAAAAUACUGCCCUUGUCACCCCUUCUUAGCGCGCCUCUCCCCCAGUUUUCUCCCACCUUUCUGAGCCAAGGCAGGGUGACGUUUCCACGAUGCAUUAGUUCCACGCACAGUAGGCAUCUGUGAGGCAGGAUUGUAUCCUCUCGAACUUCCUUUUCUUGCACCACCAAGAAAGAUCAGAAAGAUGAGCAGGUGCGCGGAGUGGGCCAGGCCGAGCAGUAACACAGAGCCACAGAGGACACGCUGAGUGCGAGAGGACAGGAUUGGGGAACGCCUCCUCUGAUCCUGCCCGCCCGAAGCCAGCCUUCCCUCCAUGCGGCCUCUAGGACAUGGCACGCUGGUGUGCAGGGGUUCGAAGGCCACUGCUGGAAAGCUCCUUCCGGUCAGGAUCACAUCUUAGAUUUUUGUUUCAGCACCUGGCCCACUGCCUUGCACACAGGUGUCCCAGCAGUGUUUCCUGGAUGAAGGACGAAAACUGAUGUCACUUUCCACGUGUUCGGUGUCAUCCCAGUUCUAUGGAAACUGCAGAGCCCACUCAGUGUACUCUCUUCUCAGAAUCACAGGGCGCCCUUGGCUGGUAGCGCCACCUCUCUGUGGGUCCCCCUGUAGGAAGCCUGUCUCUUUUUCUUAGUCGUUUCCUCCUGACCCUGUAACAUCUCCCUCCAGCUCUGGCUUACUCCAACACACACGUUUCUGAGCCAGAGAUUCUAACUGGAAGCUACUGACUACCUCUCCCAUUCACGUGAUUGGGCCUUCUUACUACUGACUGGUCAGGGCAGGAGGGUCACUGACUCUGACCCCUGACCUUGGCAGAAUGACUCAGUCACCCAGGAGCCAUUAAGGUGCCUUUCCAGGAGGACCUGUUCUCCAGGGCCUAGACCGUAUUUUCCUUGUAUGAUGCAGGAGGGCAUCUUAUCUGUUUUAAGCAAGCGUUUAUGAGAGGCAGCCCCCCUUGCCCCAGAAGAGGCCCCCACGGAAGAGCGCAGCCCUGAAAGGUGAUGGACUAUGAAUUGUUUCUGGUGGCGAUCACUUCCUACAACUAAGUCUCAGUUUUUCCAGUUUCUCUGGUGGUGAAGGGUUGCCUUUUGGUGAAGAGAAAGGGUUUUAAUCAUGAGUUAAGUGUCAUGGGAAUCUAACCCAGAUUUUUUAAAAGCACGGCCCUCUCAAAAGAGAAAUAGUAACGACAAUAGUACAGUAAUGGCGACAGUAACAAUAUGGCAGAUUAUUGAAUGAAAUGGAUUAACUUGAAUAAAUGCUUUGAAUUGCCUUCUCUAUUCAAA